AUGGCUAUUAAACUCAUUGGCUUCCCUCAAUCGCCAAAUACUCUCAGAGUUGUUUUAACUCUUAAUGAAUUGGGUCUUCCUUUCGAACUCGAGCCUGUUACUGAUAUUAAAACCAUCAAAACUGAGGAUUUUCUUGCAAAUAAGCACCCUUUUGGGAAAGUUCCAGUCCUUUGUGAUGAUGAUUUUGUAAUUCAUGAAUCUCGUGCAAUUUGUCGAUAUUUAAUUUCUAAAUAUCAGAAAGACGCAAAUAUUGUCUUAAUCCCUGACGAUCUUAACAAAGCCAGUAUAGUCGAACAAUACAUCUCUUACGAAAUAUCAUAUUAUGAUCCACCACUUUCAAAAAUUUUAUAUCAAGAAGUAUUUAAUAAAAGGAAUGGUAGACCUGUGGAUGAAGCAGUUGUUAAGCAAGGACUUGAAGAAAUUGAAAAGGUUUUAGAUAUUUAUGAGAAGGUUUUGGAAGGAAAAGAUUAUUUAAGUGGAGAAUAUUCUUUUGCUGAUCAUCUUCAUACUGUGCGUGCGCAGGGUAUCUACGCUGCCACAGCAUAUUCUGAUAUAUUUGAGAAAAGACCUAAUGUUAAAAGAUGGAUUACUAAUUUAAGAAAUCGUGAUGCUUGUAAAAAAACCUAUGCUUAA